AUGGCCAACAGAGUUGAAUUGGGCAAGAGACGGCGGUUCUCAGAUGCUGAGAGCCCCGAAGUCAAGGUCGAAUCCUCUACAACCCCCGCAGCCUCUGCGCCCCAAAAUAACCGAACUCUUUUCGUCCGCUCACUCCCCGAGUCUGCCACCACAGAGAGCCUGGCUGAAUACUUCUCCCAAUCCUACAUCAUUAAGCACGCUGUCGUCGUUUUCGAUAAAGAAACCAAGAAGUCGAAGCAAUUCGGUUUCGUCACAUUCGCCGAUGUCGAGGAUGCUGAGAGCGCAUUGAAGGAACUCAAUGGCUCCAAGUUUGAUGGAAAGAUCAUUCGUGUCGACUAUGCCGAGCAGCGUAAGCGUGAGAUUGACGAGAAGAUUGGACGCAGUGUGCCCACUGCUGCAUCUCUCGAGUCAAAGAAAAAGAAGGAAGAGGAAAGAGGCCAAGGCGCGCCGCCCAAGCUGAUUGUUCGCAACUUACCGUGGAGCAUCAAGGAGCCCAAGGACCUUUCCGACUUGUUCCGCAGUUUUGGAAAGGUCAAGUUUGCCACUCUGCCUAACAAGAACGGCAAGCUUUCUGGUUUCGGUUUCGUUACGUUGCGCGGUCGGAAAAACGCCGAGAAGGCUCUUCAGGCAAUCAACGGCAAGGAGAUUGACGGUCGUCAGAUCGCGGUUGAUUGGGCUGUUGAGAAGGAGGUCUGGCAAACUACAAAGCAGGAGGAUGAGGAGGAAGAAGAGAAGCAGGAAGAGAAGGAAUCCGACGAUGUCAAAAUGGAGGAUCCUAAUGGCCACCUGGAAGAGCCCUCAGAAGACGAGACCUCUUCCGAUGAGGAUGACGAGGAGGAUGACGACGAAGAUCUUGACGACGAGGAGUUGGACGACCUCGAUGAUGACGAUGAGAACAAAGAGGAUGACCGCAACAACACAACAAUCUUCCUUCGCAACCUCCCCUUCACCGCCACCGACGACUCUCUCUACGAACACUUCACCCAAUUCGGACCUCUACGCUAUGCCCGAGUCGUCCUCGACCACGAAACCGAGCGCCCCCGCGGUACCGGUUUCGUCUGCUUCUGGAAGAUCGACGACGCCAACACCUGUAUCCGCGAAGCGCCCCGCGGCACCGAAAUGAUGGCGCCCAGCAAAGACAAGCCCAAAGCCAACACCGCCAUGAAACACUCCGUCCUCCAAGACGAGAACUCCGACCCCAGCGGCCGCUACACGCUCGAAGGCCGCGUCCUGCAAGUCGCCCGCGCCGUCAGCAAGGGCCAAGCCGCGAAGCUGGAAGAAGAAGGUGUCUCUCGUCGCAUGGUCCGCGACACCGACAAGCGUCGCCUCUACCUCCUGAACGAAGGAACCAUCCCCUCCAACUCCCCCUUGUACAAGAAGCUCUCGCCCUCGGAAGUCAAGAUGCGCGAAGAAUCCUACAAGCAGCGUGAAACCUUCAUCAAGAAGAACCCCGCCCUCCACCUGUCCCUCACCCGUCUCGCUAUCCGUAACCUCCCCCGUCACAUCGGCUCCAAGGAUCUCAAGCAGCUUGCUCGAGAGUCCGUCGUCAACUUCGCCAAGGAUGUCAAGAAGGGCGUUCGCCAACCCCUAUCCAGAGAAGAGCAGCAGCGGUCCCGCGAUACCAUGAAAGAGCUCGAGCAGCUGCGCAAGCAGAAGAAGAUGGGUAUCGUCCGCCAAGCGAAGGUCGUCUUCGAAACGCGCGAAGGAACCAAGGUCUCCGAGAAGACCGGCGGAGGACGAUCCCGCGGCUACGGAUUCAUCGAGUACUUCACACACCGACACGCGCUGAUGGGUCUGCGCUGGCUGAACUGCCACUCAAUGGUUGUCCCCGCCAACGUGCAAGACGCCGACGACAAAGACAAGAAGAAGAGUCUUGUCGUUGAAUUUGCGAUUGAGAACGCGCAGGUUGUGAAGCGUCGUAACGAGUUGCAGGCCAAGCAGCGUGAGCCGAAGCCGAAGCGCGACCGCGACGAUGACGAUAAGAAGGAUCUCAAGCGGAAGCGGGGCGAUUCUCGUGAUUCUCGUAAGAGGGAUGGUCGUGAUCGCGAUGACUCCAGGCGUGAUGCGAAGCGCGGCAAGACUGAUAAGCCUCAGAAGGAGGAGAAGGAGAAGACGGAAGAAGAGGACAAGGCCGCGAAACGCAAUCGCAUUAUCGGACAGAAGCGCAUGAAGCGUAAGGGCCGUAAGGGCAAAUGA